CACAAGCUCCGACUAAUGGGCACAGGUGGCGCUGCUCUGUCGUGCAUUACUGCGGCGGCGUCCAAUUUCAGUGCCACGGGCAUCGAAAGCAGGGGUAGAUACUCUCAUUGGAGGCCGGUUGGAAAAUGGAUAUCCGCAUUCCAGAAAUAUAAAGCCGCGACUAUUUAUGAAUACAGUGCCGGUCCAAAGACGUGCGUCAUAUUCGCACCCCGAGUUCUAACAAUGCAACGAGGUCUCUUUUUAUAAGUGGUGUACUCAGAUAUGGAGAGCUUCGCACGUUCUAAAGCACGAUGGAAGACAUUGAAGAUAACUGGACGGACGACAUACCGAAUUCAGAGUUUCAAGGUAAAAUCCUCAUCUUUAUCAUCUUUGCGGCAGGAAUUGGUGGGACAUUCCAGUACGGCUACAACCUUUCAACUAUCAAUGCACCAACCACUUAUAUUCAGACAUUUAUUAAUGAAACGUGGCUUGAGCGCUGGGGCACUCCACUGGAAAGCAACUUGAUUCUGAUCAUUUGGUCCUUCAUUGUGUCAAUAUAUUCCUUGGGAGGUCUUUUAGGCGCACUGAUUGCUGGGCCAAUGGCAGUUCAGUUUGGAAGGAAAAAAUCACUCCUAGUCAACAACGUGUUUAUAAUCAUUUCAGCUUCACUGGUGAUUAUGAGCAAGGAAGCCCAAUCAUUUGAAAUGAUUAUGAUUUCCCGACUCUUUGGUGGAAUCAAUGCAGGUGUUGGUAUGAAUAUUCAGCCCAUGUAUCUGGGUGAAAGUGCACCAAUGAAGCUGCGUGGUGCUGCAGCUUUGUCUUCUGCUCCAUUUGCUGCUUUAGGCAUCUUGUUAGGACAGAUCAUUGGGCUUAGGGAGAUCCUAGGAAGUGAAGCCUGUUGGCCUUUCCUGCUUUCUAGUAAUGUAAUUCCAGCUUUGCUUCAGCUUGCCACAUUGCCUUGGCUACCUGAAAGUCCUCGUUACCUUCUCAUUGACAAGGGUGACAAACGCUCAUGCAGAAAAGCCCUACAGAUGCUGAGAGGUACAAAUGACAUAGACAAGGAGAUGGAAGAGAUGCAACAAGAGCAGGCUGCUAUUACAGUAGAGCGGGCUAAGAGGCCAUGGGAGCUGUUCAGAGACCGCACCGUUCGCUAUCAGCUCAUUACAGUGAUUGUGAUCAGCAGUGCCAUGCAGCUCUGUGGCAAUGAUUCUAUGUACUUCUAUGCAUCCUAUGUAUUCCAGGAAGCAGGAAUACCCGGCGACAAGAUUCAGUAUUACAUCUUGAUUACUGGAGGCUGUGAGCUCUUAAUGGCAGUCACUGCGAACUUGUUUAUUGAGAGACUGGGACGUCGUCUGCUGAUGCUUUUAGGAUAUACUAUGAUGACAGUAUGGGCAGUUAUUUUUACAGUUGCUCUCUCACUCCAGGACAAAGUCAGUUGGAUGCCAUAUAUGAGUAUGGUGUGUAUUUUUGCCUACAUUUUAAGUUUUGGGAUUGGACCAGCUGGAGUAACAGGAAUCUUACCUACAGAGAUUUUUGACCAGGCAGCUCGACCUGCAGCAUAUAUGAUUAGUGGCUCCCUGAUCUGGUCAAUGCUCUUUGUAAUUGGAAUGGGUUUCCCUUUUAUUGUGGGUGGCCUGGGAGUAUUCUGCUACGUUCCGUUUGGCAUUGUGUGCAUUCUGGCUGCUGUUUUUGUUGCCUUUUUCCUACCUGAGACAAAGGGCAAGUCUCUAUUGGAGAUAUCCCAAGAGUAUAAUGAACUCAAUUUUAAAGGAAAGAAAUCUCAAAACACUCACUAUCAGCUGGGUGAGAUGUCCAUCUCUACCAAGUUAUAGUAUGCUCCUCAGAAUUUUAUACUCCAGGGGUAUCGGGAGUAUAUAUGCACUAUAUAUCAUUAGUUACAUUUUUGUUUAUAAUCUCAAAAGAUUUUUCAGGUUUUCCAAUGGAUGUUUUUUUUUUUCAUUAUUAAAAUCCAACAUAGAGACAGAAUGUAUAACCAAAUGGACAUAGUAGUAGGUUUCUACUGUAUAUCCAAGUAUAGAUGCUAAUAUAUGCACAUGUUGUAUAUAAAAACAAAAAAUUAUGGUACCGUUUAAGCAAGAAUGACUGUAUUUAUUUAAUCCGUACCUCCGUGAUAGAAACUUUGUGCACUCUUUUGCAUUGAAGCAUUUCAGUUCCUAAACUAAACUUCUCCCUGUCCCUAGCAGCUAAGUUUAUGAACAUUUGGUGUAAACCAACGUGUAACAGAACUCUGUUUUUGAAAUUUUACUAAUGCUUAAUAUAUGCCCCAUUUUGUCAUGCAACACAUAUCCGUUUUGAUUCAUCUCAUAUCCUUUGUAUUAUGUAAUUGAUGACCGACGUGGUAAACAUUAUGUUUCUUCAGUUCCUCAAGCCCCAAAAUCUAGAAAAAAAUGAAGGGUAACUCAAAAACAUGGUGCAUACUACAUGUUCAUAUGAUACUCGGUUACUGAAUAAUAACAUGUUUGAAAGUUUUCUUCAUCCAUCCAUCCAUUAUCCAACCCGCUAUAUCCUAACUACAGGGUCACGGGGGUCUGCUGGAGCCAAUCCCAGCCAACACAGGGCACAAGGCAGGAAACAAACCCCGGGCAGGGUGCCAGCCCACCGCAGUAAAAAUUUUCUUUUCUUUUUAAAUCCCCCUGUAUUUUAUAAAUUUUGUUAUUUUACUGCAAGCACCUUUUGGCCAGGUGACCUUCAUAGCCUGGUCAGGCUCAGUUUAAAGAAGCUAAAUGGAACUGAAAUGUGUGCUCUCGGCCCAUAAAGCGAAAAGUGAAGGCAGCGUGACGGGCAAGAGAAGAGCAGGUGAAAUGUUUGCUGUGGAAUAAAAGCAAUAACAGGGAGAGUUAGUUGAUGAGAUAAUUGAUCUGCUGCAUUUGCAGUGAAAAUUUAGCCUGUCCACACUCUGAACAUUUUUGUUACUUCUGCUGGUACUUGUUGCCGGCUGGGAAAUACAAUCUAAUGGAGAGAAGCAGGCGCAUAAAAUAAAAAUCAGUGAAUUAAACUGGAGACACAAAUUUGCUUUAACAAAACUGGAAACUGCUUAUUAAACUAGGCCAUUUCCCAUGUAUGAGUUGUUAAAAAAUAUUUAUCAGGAUUAGUUAGAAUUAAAUUUAUAUCGUACUUUUCAGAAUUACCACCAGCUCCAAAAUUGCACUUUAUGUGAAAGGUUAUGUGGAGGGCUUAUUCAGGACCUGUGACUCCAUGUGGCAAGAAUUCUGCCUCAUUAGCUAACCUGGGUUGUUAUCUGAAUAAUGCUUUCAAUUUAAACACUUGACCAGACUGUGCCUAAGCACAGCACUUUGUACUUGAUUGACUCUAUACCUCUGUUCAUGUGGUCUGAGCAUGUUCUGGGCCUUUCUCAUGGCAUUGCAUGCUGAGAAAAUAUUUGCUGUGAAACUUAAAAUAAACAACCAGGUGUCUCUUGGUGGCUAAAACAAAAUAUAUAGGCAUUUGUGCACGCAUGGACUACUGAGAAAUUAAAAUAGGUCAUAAAAACAUUAGAUUAAAUGUGAAUUGUGUUAAAGUAAAGUCGUCAGACAUGUUUUAGAAACAGCUGUAAUAUUUAAAGGCUGAGGUGCAAUCUACCAUAUGUUAGUAUCCUUAUACAGCUUUUUAUAAGAAAAAUACAUUUGUAAGGUCAAUAGAAGGUUUUGUUUAAUAUAUUGUAUAUUCAAUAUGAUUUACUAGCAGAGAGCUCCUCAAACAAUUCUUGUUUGGCAUAAGGCACUUUGAAUGCAUUUACUUUUGUACAUUAUAAAGUUGCACUGUAUACUGUAGUUUUAUUGUUUAAAUUAUAAUCUGCAAAAUAUGCAAUUCAAACAAUAAAUAUGCUACAUAUUUUUGGA